CUCUGCUCUAGGCAAUGGAGUCUGACGAUUUGGAGCCCUUCAACGUGAACCUGUCGUGGCUGGCGGGCCUGGACGACGAGGAGAACGCCACCGCCCCGCACGACGCCGGCUGCGACCUCUCGGCGACGUGGCUCUUCCAGCGCAACUUCCUCGUGGCCGCCUACUCGGCGGUGUGCCUCCUGGGCCUGGCGGGCAACGCCCUCGUCGCCGUGGUGCUCACCCUGCAGCCGCGCUCCCGCGGGCAGCCCACCGCCGCCGACCGCUUCCUCCUGAACCUGGCGGCCGCCGACCUCCUCUUCGUCGCCACGCUGCCCUUCGUGGCGGCGAACGCGACGGCGCGCUGGCGGCUGGGCACCGCGCUGUGCCGCGCGGUGCACGCGGUGCACACCCUCAACCUCAGCUGCAGCAUCCUGCUGCUGGCGUGCAUCGGCGUCGACCGCUACCGCGCCAUCGUGCACGCCACGACGGCGCGCCGCGACGGGAACCGUGCCGGGGCGGCCGCGGCGGCCGCCCGCGGCUCGCGCGCCUGCGCCCUAGUCUGGCUCUUCUCGCUGGCGCUCACGGCCCCCGACUUCGCGUUCGGCGCCGUCACCACGGACCCGCUGAGCGGCGCCAGCCGCUGCGAGCACGCCUACCCCGAGGGGCAGGCGGCCGCGUGGCGAGCCGCGCUGCGGGCCAAGCACCUGCUGCUCGCCUUCGUCGCGCCCGGCGCCGUCAUGCUCUUCUGCUACUGCAGCAUCAUCCGCCGGCUGUCGCGCUCGCAGGUGCACGAGCGCCGCAAGGCCGUGCGGGUGACCGUCGCCAUCGUGGCCGUCUUCUUCGCCUUCUGGCUGCCCUACAACGCGGUGGUGGUGGCCGACACGCUGGCGCGACUCGGCGUCGGCGGUCCGGGCGCCGAGCAGCGGCCGCAGGACGGCGCGGACGCGGGGUCGGAGGCGGCCGCGGCGCGGUCGUGCGCCCUCGAGGAGACGCUGGCGCGGGCGCUCGCCGUCACGGAGGGCCUGGGCUUCGCCCACUGCUGCCUCAUCCCCGUGCUCUACGCCUUCAUCGGGGAGAAGUUCAAGCGCCGCCUGGGCCGGCUGCUCAAGCACUUGCGCUCCUCGCGCAAGGCGAGCGGCGGCGGAGGGGUGGGAGGGGGAGGGGCGGUGCACGCGAUAGCGCGGUACCCGGCCAGCGGCAGCGCCCACUACCAGCGCGGCCGCGUCACCUCCGUCACGUCCGAGUCGGAGUUCUCCAGCUGCUGAAGACGCCCCGAGGAGAGAUGGUGGUGGUGGUGGGGGGAAGGGGGG